UCUGUAUACAUUAAAAUUAUGCUAUUUAAGCAAGAGUUUUCAGGAGAUAAUUAGUUUUGAAGAAUCAAUCGUGAGAGAAACAGUAGUUGUGUGUUUUUGAAUCGACACUAGUGACAAUCUUCGAGUGAAAUUCUACGAGUUAAACUAAUAUCAACAUAAAACUAGAUUUUGUGUGUAUUUAUAAGAAGUGAAAAUCGAAAUGCCUGGUUACUAUCGUGUUUUCCACGGUUGUUCAGCUAGAACCGGUGAAGGAACGAGUAUUUUCAGAUUUCCCCAAGACUGUGAAAAGGCAAAAGUUUGGUUGGAAGCUUGCAGUAGGCAAGAUUUACUACCAAAAAUCGAUUCACUUCACAAAAAAUACAGAAUUUGUGAGCAUCAUUUUGAAAGUAGGUACAUAUCAAAGAGAAUUGUGAAAAAUACAUUACUACCUGAAGCAGUACCGACAAUAUUUCCACCCAUUUUAAAAACCGGAAAAGACCAAUCUCAAGUACCUGACAGAAAAGUGAUCAUUCUGCCAGAUAUCACAAUUGUUCCAGCCUCAAAGUGUUCUUUUGUGAAAAACGCAAAUGAUGAAAUGCCUUCAUUCUCCUUGUCCGUAGAUGGUCCAAGUACUUCUCGAGAAGUUGGUUUGCAGAAUGUUUCAACCUGCAGUGUAAAUGUGGAAUGCGAAGAAAGAAUUUCACCACCUCUACUUUCGCCAUCUACUUUCACUCAAACUGAGUUGAAAUUAAGCAGCAAUACUCCACGAAAACGAAGAUGGCGAAGUAAAUUGAAAAUUUGAGGGAGGAAAUCAAAAAGGGGUCUAAGGCGACAACCGGUUUAUCAGUGAAUACGUUUUUAAAAAGGUGUGAUGCGUUUCUUGAGAAUCCUUUAUUGAAAGUGAUAAAAUCGAAUGUUGUACAAAAGAACAAGAAAUCUAUAUCUCACAGAUAUUCUUCAUAAGUGAAGCAGUUUGCUUAGAUCAACUACUUUUCAAGUUCUAGGAAUUAUAGACAUCUUAGCAA